CUGGAGAUGGUCACACAGGGCCAGAGGGCUACAGUAGUUGAGUCAGUCAAAGUGGUGCCACUGUGUAGGGAGAAUGUCAAAGGGAGAGCAGCAAGACCUGGUGGCUAUUAAAGAACUAGAGUCGAUCCUGGAGUCCUGCAAGCUUGAACUGACACCACUAGAUGAGGUCUGGCCUAAUCUCUACAUCGGAAACGUGGCCAUAGCUCAGAACAGAGGUGCAUUGAAGAAGCUUGGUAUCACACACAUCCUGAACGCAGCUCACUUUAAGCAGGGUAGCAUUGGUGACCAGGAUUACUAUGGAAACGCCUGUGUGUACUGUGGCUUCCCUACAGAAGACUCAUCCCAUUUUGACCUCAGCCAGUACUUUAAACCUGCAGCUGACUUCAUACAUAACGCCCUGAAGACUAAAGAUGGGAAGGUGUUGGUGCAUUGCAUCAUGGGUAUAAGUCGUUCCGCCACGCUGGUGCUGGCGUUCCUGAUGAUGCACUGUCGUCUGCCACUUCGCACCGCGCUCAAACAUGUGACCCAGCGACGCGCCAUCUACCCCAACAGACACUUCCUGUCACUACUGCUCACCCUCGACACACAGCUCACACGCAAGAGGAGACUAUGUCCCCUUCUCUGACAGUCCUUCUCUCAUCCCCAUCUCCUCCCAUCCCGCUCUCCUCUCACCUCAUCCGUCUCUCCUCUUAUCCAUCUAUCCAUCUCACACACAAUCCUUUAUACUGGUUGAAAAUAUGUAGUUGUAGGACUUUUACAAUAGGUACAAACUGGUAUUAAAUCACAGCAUGUUGUAUAUACUGUAAAUUACCAUAUCAUGCGGUAGCAGGAUUCCCUGGAGAGAAUGUCAAUGCUCAGUGUCUUUUAAAAUCUAAAAUAUCAAAAGAAUUUGAACUUUUCAACAUUCCUGUGCUAGCCAGUGGUGAUAGUUGAGCCUGCUGUGAGUUGUGCAGCUGAGCAUUGUCUCCUGGGAAUCUAUACAUUGAAACACUAAUAAUGAGAUUACAAAAUUAAAAAGGUA